GCAGACUCACUCUUCUUUGUUUUCAACCUCCAAUAGAACAAAAGCAGCUCUGAGAUCAGCUGCUACUGCAAACCAGAGAGACCAUCCGUUCAAGCUUUCUGCUGCAUCUCCUAUUAAACAAAAAGCAAAAUAAUAAUAAUAAACACACAUGUCUUACCAAGGAUUUUCACAGCAUUAUAUUCAAGCAAUAAGGAACUCCUCCAUGUUAGGAUAGGUUACAGCUCAGUGAAGUGCUUUGUUUUCUUUGUGUAGUAUAUGUAAAUCAGGUACUAGCAAAGUGGCUUGAUAUUAUAAUAACAAGGUCACCGUGGUUUUUUCUCGCUUCAACUGGCAGCACCGCCAGACCCUCAAAAUAUGGGUCGCCUGUGUGAAAGGUGUGGGCAGCUGAUGCAGGACUUUGUGAACUUUGUCAAGCGACUGUCCUCCAGGUUAGUACAGCAGAUCAAGGAGUGUAUCAUCCUCAUUAGUGAAUGCUGUUGCCUGAAGCCCAAGAGAUCCAAGGUGAGACAACUCUACGAGCCUGUUCUUCAGAACCAUGAGAAACAAGCUGCCCAGGAAUUCCUCAAUCACAUGGAAGCGGGGCUUGAAGAAACUCCUCUUGGAAAAGAAACCCUGGAUGCAUUAAAGAUCUUGGCUUUUUCUGAAAAUGCAGAUCUCCAGCACUCAGCAGCUCUUUACUAUCUGCAUAUGAGUCAACAUAUAAAUUCCCAGCUGCCUGCUGAAUACCUGGAACCCUACCAGGCCUUGCUGCAGUCCAGUGACUUAGAAGUUCAGCAAAUGUCUUCCUUAUCCCUUGUGAACUUCCUGCUUGAAGGAAAUUUGAAUAAAGAGCUGGUUAUCCAGAUGGGUUUGCUGGAACCAGUGCUGGAGCUGUUAGAAUCCGGGGAUUCAGCUGUCCAGUGUAACUCUUGUGCAUGUAUCAUGACCUUGGCAAUCUCUGAAUCCAAUCGUGAGGCCAUAGGAAUUGCUGGAGGAAUUCUACCUCUGCUAACCCUGGCUAAGUCGUAUGAUCCCAGAGUGCAACAAAAUGCAGUUGGAGCUAUCCUGAACCUCACAAGAUCAGAACGAAUCAAGAGCACUCUUUGCAGAGAAGGAGCACUGCCAGUUCUUACCAUGCUUUUGCAAUCUGCUGACUCUGAAAUUCAGUACUACAGCUGUGCUUCCUUGGGUAACAUUGCAGCAAAUCCAGAGCACCACAAGGCCAUGUUAGAGAUUGGCGACCGAUUCCUCCUCAGGAUGCUGCUCUCUCUGAUGUCUUCCUCUGUACAAAAGGUCUGCAGCCAGGCGUGUCUCUGUUUGAAUAACCUAGCUUCAAGUGGUGAAGUACGAGCUCACCUCCUGUCUACAGAUAUCAUGCCCCUGUUGCUUUCAUUACUUAAUUCCAGCAAUAAAGAGGUCCGGCAAGCAUCAAUCACUCUGCUAUGCACCAUGUCACAUCCUCCGGCAAACAUGGAUACAGUUGUGUGUGAGGAAGUGCUGCAACAUUUGGGAGUGUUGAUGCAGAAGGAGAGGAUAAACCCAGUAGUUCUUGUCCAUGCUGCCUGCACUAUUCAGAACCUCAGCCAAAAUGAGAACAUGCAGGUGAUAAUACAGAGCCAGUGCUUUGAAGAGCUCCUUCUGGCUCUAAUCAAUCCCAGCAACGAUGAGGAAGCUCUGCAGUAUGUGGCAUCGUGUGUUGCUGAGUUGGCUAAACAUGACAUCACGAGAGAGCACCUGGUUAAAAGGAAAGACAAGGCACUCAUUAGGUGCUUGGUGAAGUUGGCCGGCCAGCUGGAGCACAAAGAGCUCUCCUAUCAAGCCGCGACUGUUAUAAAGCAAUUGUCAUAUUCAGGAAAAAUUGCUUCAGAAUUGAAACAUUAUAUGAAAGAAAUUCAAGCCUACCUCAUGGGUUUCCUCAGUCACCCAGAGCUGCGAUUUCAACAACUAAGUAUUGCUACACUUUGCACAUUAAGUGAAGAUCCUGAAUUCUCCAUGGCAAUUAGCCAAAGCCAUCUAAAAGAACAGCUUGAACAAAUUCGUCAACAGACCGAGGAGACUCAGGCGCUGCUCAGAGUGGCCAUCAGUCAGACAGACAGCAUCAAUCUGAAUGACUGAUUUAUACAAAUCAUAUCAGACAUGACAUGUUUACAAUAUUUGGCUAGUGGGACAAGGUUCUAUUUUCCCACUGACUGUUGCUUGUAGUGUUUUAUUUUCCAGACAGGAAAGAUAAUUUGUACUGCAGAACACUAUACUGUGUGUAAUUCCAAUGGGCUCGAUUUAUCAAGCGACAGCGGACAGGGUUGUACAUAUGCACCCCUGUCCGCUGCAGCUCACCUCUAGCGGGCAGAAUGCCGUUGGCGUAAUUCAGCUCUCUUGUGCAACACCGCCCCCUGCCCGCGCACAGCCAAUUACACACGGGAAGGAGCGGUCAAUCUCCCCAGUCGGACGAGACUGGGGCACUUUAAAUUCUCCACUUAAGAGGUGGAGAAGAGGGUAGGGAAGCAGUGGUCGGAUGACCACUGCUUGAUAAAUACUGACUGCAUGUUCUCUUGUGAAAACCUGCAGUCGUAAUGCGGCGAACUGCGUGAUAAAUGGAGCCCAAUGUGUCUUCCUAAUAAUGAACAUUAGUAACGGUUAGCAGAAGGAUUACAUUGUUCUAUAAUAACCUCAACAGUAGACCACUUACACACCCAGGGCAUAUUCUACCUGCAGAAGGGGAAGUACAACCUUGAGAUUUACAUCUUCCAGAUGCAUGCGUUUUCUUGUAUUUAUUAAAAACAUCUGUGUCCCAUCUUGAAAGAAUCCUUUUUUUUUUAUAUAAACUAUACUUUUGUGUUUUUAAUGUUAUUUAAGUGUGAUUGUUCCAGGUGUAUUGUAACAAUGAAAUGGAAAUAAUUAUUGUUGUGUUAAUAGUGUGAACCAAUAUUGGUAUUAAGGAUUAAAAAUCAGAUUUAAAAUGGC